AGCGCCUGGGGGGCAGGAUACGCCCACAAAGGAAAAAAACACGCUCAAAAACAAUACCAACUAGGAAAGCGUCACGCACAACCACACUCGCGGAACAUUACCGCUGGGGGGCAACGCAAAAACAGAGGCUUCACGCGCAACCAACCCAGGAGAUCUCGGACACACGCGGAACAUCACCGAUGGGGGGCAACGCGAAGACGGCGCGCACAACCAAUCCCGGAGAUUUCGGAUGAACGGGAAUCGGGUGAAGGAUACACCAGUUGUACGCGCCACCGACGAUCAUGCGAAGACCAGAGCAGACACUAACUCACCCAGAUCGCGUCAAUCAUAAUCAACAGGCGGAAUCGCGCAGAUCCGAGUCGCUCGCAUGAAGAUCAAACAGGCGGCAUUCGCGGAAUACCCCCUGAUGGGAGCAAUUGUUGGGGAUGUGACUAGGAUCUCAACACUCCGAAGAAAUAACCAAGGAUGCUCACGUCAAAGCCAACGCACGAGUCGUGCUAGAGCAAAGCGCGAGUGUAGAGACCGGCCCCAAGGAACGCGCAUAGACGCCAAACGACGGCACUUUGGACAAGCGCGGGCCCUCACCGAGAAGUUGUGGAAGCGGCGCCGCGUCACACGAAGGGUAGUCAACAUCAUAGUCCUAGGUAUAGUCAUGGCUAAGGGUCUUGUCACCCAUAGGGAUAUGGUCUUUGUCCCUGACAUGUCAGAGGUCAUGUCACCGUACCGUAGUGGUCACGUCAUCGUACCAUCAUGUAACUCACCCACCACCAUGUAGCCUAUAAAUAUGGCAUUUACUCUGGUGGGUGAGGGGAGGGGAUUUUUGGGGGACUCUAUCUCUAAGAUCAUUAUUUUCUCUCACUAAACACACUCUCCCUCCCAUUCGCCUCAAAGUUCUUGUUCUAUCAAGCCGUCCAUUCUUCUCGACCCAUUCUAGUGAACCUCACUCCUACACUUAGUUAGGUUCAAACAAUAUGCUUCUACUAAUGUACUCAAUAACAUACCAUAAGCAUUGCACGUGCAUGGUUGUGUGUUAGUGUAUGAUAACGAAAUUAGGUUUAGGGCUGACCCCAUCACCCGCAUUCCGGAAGGGUAGAAGCUUCGGAGUAUGCUCAGAAGUUUAGCAGUUCGUGACAAGGAUCAAUGGUCCUAGAGGAUUCCAGUACGAAGAUUCGAAUCUCUUGCAUUUACUAGGACUCUAGACUUGAUGCCCAUUUAUUCAAGAUAUUUAUGACUUCUGCAUAUGCCAAUUUCAAGAUAUUUAUGGUUGUCGGUUUAAAGAGGGUAAUUUGGUAAUAUUAGUGUCUGUCCGAGUUCGGGUGUUACAUUUAGGUAUCAGAGUCUGGAUUCCCUCUGUCUGCACUUUGUAAGUGAGAUACUAGGAUUCGGUCUCAAUGUUUUGAACGUUGUUUAAAAAUUUUAUGUAACAAUAUUCAGUACUUGAUUUCAAAGCAUAAAGUCUCGUCCACUACGACAUGGCAGGAUGCCAGUAAGAGUGUGUGAUUAGCAUACGAAUAAAUAAGACAUAUUUUAUUUAUGAUGCUCAGGAUGUCGACUAGUGGGGUGGCCAAAGAGGCCGAGCAGUAACUACCCCCCUCCCCCCGCAGUACAAAUAAUAAUAGUUCCUCUUCCAAGAAUCCUCCCUGCAGCACCGCUCAAACCCCCAUCCCAGGUCUCUCUUUCUCGUUCGAUUUUUUCCCCAUGCAAUAAAAGCAGCAGUGUCGCCAUCGCCCCGACCCCAUUCCAUUCCAUCGAUCCCCAACACACAUUCGGUUUUGGUGGUAUGAUCAAGAUAACCCUCGUGAUUUAGAACUCGUUUCAUUGAUAGUCUAAUCUGAAGCUUGUAUUUUAGUACUACAGUGGUUGCGGUAACGUUUGAAGGUUCAAAACAUCGAUCGAUGAGGAGAUCGACUUCCAAGGUUGUCGAGUCUAAACCUAGGUACGUUCUAGAGGUAAGGGAACUCGAUCCCUUUGGGUUAGAUCAAUCGAUUUGGUGAUUUUUCGUGAGUGUGCAAUUCUGGGUUCUAGCGACAGACUUUACAAGCUUUUAGUGACUGAUUUUGUGUAUUCACUAAAGCUGUAGGGAAUUUCCAGAAAUGUGUUUUAAGAUGUGUAAAUUGUUUCGAGCCACUUUAGUUAGUUUUUUCUAAGUUUAACAAUUUUAUAAAUUGAGGGAGGGCUAGGAGAUGCCUGUAAUUUAAUUUGGCGAUUUUUGAAGAUGAUUUACUAUUCUAAGAAAUUUGUUGAACAUUU